UCGACCCAGGAAACAUGUCGUAGUUUAUCCUUAACUGUCGCAUCAGCGCUGUCGUGGUAAACAGCAACAACAACCAAAAAACUCUUCAGCGUCGAAAUACGGACGACUCUUCAAGUAAAUUGCCCUUUUAAAGUGUUCAAGAGCUUUUUACUGUCCGUUUAUUGGGACAUUUAACUAGCUUGAAGAUAUUUCACCAACAUGUCGACAGCUUGGGAGUUCCUCUUCUUCUGUUUCUGUCUGCUGACUGUGUUUGGAAUAACGUUAACACCAAACGGGUCGGGUGUCGUCAGAGUGGUUGUGAAAGAAGGGAGUGACGCCAUUUUACCCUGUUCCCUCAACACCAAGGAGAACGCUGAGUCAAAGCUCUUUGACUGGAAGAAAGAUGGUGGGAAGGAGGUUUUCUUUUAUGAUGCAGGCCUUCAUUCUAAUAACGGCCGUCCAGGUCAAGAUCAGCAGUUCAAAGGUCGCGUCUCACAUUUUCAAGAUGAGCUGAAGUUUGGCAACGCCUCCAUCAAGAUCAGAAAUACGAAGGUGACCGACAGUGGAGACUACACCUGUGAUUUUCCACGUCUUCAGCCAAGACAGAUAUUCCACAUUCAGCUUGUUGUUGUUGGAGCAUCUCCAGAGCCGUCUGUCAAGACACUUAAUCAAACGCAGGACGUGGCCCUGCUGCAGUGUGAAAUUCUUGGUGCUUUUCCAAAACCUACAGUAGAGUGGCAGGACAGUGCUGGAAACAAACUUCCUGCUGAGGAGACACAGGUCUCAGAAAGAGGAGGCAGCUUCUACAUCAUCCUCCAAACUACUGUGAAGAAGACCGACAACUAUUCCUGUGUAGCCACACAGGAGGAGAUCAAACAUCAGAUUUAUGCUGAGACCUACGUGUUUAUCAGCGAGAAACUGUUUGUGGACACGUGCAGCAGAGGAGUUGUCGCAGGAUUGUUUGGUGGAAUUUUUUUGGGAGCUGUAAUUUUUGCUGCUGUUCAAGCUUUUCUUGUAGCUACAAAGUUCAUCACGGUACGCCGUAAUAAAGGUUCUCGUGAGAAACGGUUAUCAUUGAGAUCCUGCAGAGCUGCUGUCAAGAAACACUCAUUGAUUGAUUAACGGACGUUUUAAAGAGUGGUUACAGUGGAAUCCGAUAAUUGCUGCAUCCCUACUUUGUUAUUUUGUAUUUUUCAUUGUCUAAAGAAUUAUGUGUUUUAUUCAUGUUGUCUUGUUGGUUUUGUUGUUAAGUUUUAUUUACAUUAAGUGUAACAAACCACUAUUUGUUUUCUUUAAGUCAAACGUGUUAUGUGCAUUUCUUUCCUCAACGCUAGUUUUAAAGAAAGAUUGUGUUUUUAAUCAUAUGAAAGAAAGAAUACUGGUGCCUUGUUUCAAUGACUUGAAGUUUCACUUUCUGGAUUUAAGAUGUCUGUUUCACUGUAAAGUUCACUGUGUGUGUUUUUUGCACUGGUUCGUCACGUCACACUUGUAGAUGCAUACUGCCCUAUGAUUGGUCCAAACUAAAUGUGAAUCAGCAUGCUUGUUAGUGAAAAAAGCUCUUCCAAAUCUGUUUACCUUCAUUUCCUGUCUACUUUAAGCUGUUACAUAAAAGUGUUAAUGUAAUACAAACAUUC